AUGUCAUACAAUGGCCACCCAGCGCCGGGAAACCGCCUCUGGCCUGGCGAUAGUCCGGGCAAUAGCAACGGCUAUGCGGCUCAAGAUAUGCGUCCGCAGUAUAUGUCUAACGUGCAACCGUCCCCUUCAUACUCUCCAGCGCCAGCUCCCACCCCGCAAUAUUGGGGAGGAACCGCCAACGACCGACAAUAUGGCAUAUCAGAUUAUUCCCGCAGUGCCUACCAUACGCCCUCGACGAUACAACCUCAACCCCAAGCGCAACAGCCCCAAUUCAUCCAACCCUCUCAAUUAUUCCAACAACCCCCUACACAAAGUACUCAUCUGCACCCAGCCGACAUCAUCGAGAAAAUCUCCACUCCAUCCUUCCAAAACUCGACGAGAAUGAUCACCUCACAGAACGACUCCCAGCCUGACAAGUCUGUACUAUUGAUCUCACUCGCCGAGGAGUUCUUUGAGGCCGCGCAUAAACUUGCCCCGUCUGUGUCCAUCUCGAUGACGCCAGUCAAUGUUGAGACAUAUGAGCGUUUAAUUGCUACUGGGCUUGGCUGCUUAGAUAUAGCCCUGAAACGCGCGAGACUACCGCCGAGAACAGAAGCAAACGUUAGACUGCGAUAUGCGGGGGUGCUUUACGAGGAGACGGAAAACUUUAUGGAGGCCGAAACCGCUUUGAGUAAAGGGAUUGCGCUUUGUGAAAGACAUCACUACUUCGACCUCAAGUACGCGAUGCAAUUCCUGCUUACGAAACUAAUGUCCCAAAAGAACCCGAAGGCGGCGAUGAAGGCCCUGGAUGGACAUAUCUCUGAGGCGGAGGCCUACCAGCACUUUUCUUGGGUGUAUGCCCUUCGAUUUCUCCGCGCCUCCUACGCCGCGGAAUCUGGAAACCCUUCCGAUAACCAUGCUGCGAUCCAGAACCUUCAAAAAAUCUCUGAUCUGGCUAUCAAGCAAAGCGAUCGAGCUAUACAACUGACAGCAUCUUUGGUGGAAGCAAUGGUUCAUCUAAAAUCAGCAAGCCCAGAUUCUAUAGAGCAUGUUCAGCGAGCUAUCGCUGCUGCUCGAGCACACCAAUUGAAUCUUGGGAGCAGCAUACCACAGCUUAAUGGCCUAACUCACAUUAUUGAUGUAAUGUGUAGUUUACGAGAAGGCAAGGUUACCGAAAUGCUCACCAAGCUUAGGGAUAUGCAAAAGGUGAUGGAUGAGUUCCUCAACAAUGAUAAGUGGAGCGCCUCGAGCGAUGUCAUGGCUAUCCCUAUAAAUAGAACACCAAAGAACUCACAAACUGUCAGCCAUGAGACCCGGGCUGUGUUAGGCAUAGGCGAGGAUGGGCGUGAUAAUCUUAUGAUGUCGUUUUUAAAUAAGAGGGAUGCAUAUGGCAUCACGUACUUGAUUUCGGCAGUGAUUUUGCUACACAAGAAUCCUAGUGAUAACAAGGCGCUCAAAUACUUGCAAUCGGGACUGGGGUCUGUAACAGGUGAAAAUUCCGGUGACACCCGGGGGUCGAAAUCUACGUUGGGUCUUUUACCUGACCUAGCCUUAAAACAAGAAUGGCGAGGUCAGAUCCUAUGCUACUUUCGCCUGUAUAUGGGCUUUUGCGCCGCUUUGCUGUCAGACUGGCAAACUGUUAAACAAAAUGUUGACCACCUAAAAUCCACCGCCCGAUACUUCGACAUUCCUUUAUCCGGACCUUUGGAAUGCCUCACGAUAUACCUUACAGGAGUAUAUCAUCAAGGAAUCGGAGACCUUGAUGCGGCAUUACACUAUUUUCGAAAUCCAAGAUUUGAUUUAUCGCCUGCCAAAAGUUCGAACCCGACCUCGACAGACCAAGUUGAGCGCGAUUUUGCGCUUUUGGCUGCCCUUAACAUACUUUGGAUCCUUCAAGAUCCAAAGCGACAAAACCCCGCAAUGAACACUUCCUUGAUUGCACAGCUAGAGCCAUUCUGUGCAAAACACCCCAAUACGGACAUCCAGACUGCAUUCAAUCUUGUCAAAGCCACUGUAAAUACGAUUCCUCCACCGCAACUAUUCACAAUCAAGAAGUAUCUGGGAGCUGCUUUGUCAGGGGCGCAAACAACCUUCAAUACGCAAUUCCUUUGUAUCACGCUCAAUGUCAUGUGUAGCCGCUUCUUCUCCAACGUCGUAGGCGACCAGGCUGAGAAGAGUGCGAAGGCUGCGUCCGUGCAAGCACAAAAAAGCGGGAGCGCUCUCUGGAGGAGUGUGGCCGAUGGUAUGCUAGCUCGAUGCUACGAGGUUCAAGGGAAGGAGUCAGAGGCACAGGCUUCAAUGGAGCAAGCACGCAAACUUUCACAGAUGGCACUACCCGGUCGUUGA